AUUGGGUGAGUGAUUGGAUAAUUAGAAAUGGAAUCGGAGGAGGAUAUCGAUAUGCAAGACGCCAACAACGAAUCGGGUGACGAUGACUUCUACAGUGGCGGGGACGAUGAAGCUGCCUCUAUGGCACUUUAUGAUGACUCUGAUGCUGAUGUAGCUGAUUACGAGUUCAUCGACAACGAUUCUGAUGAUUCAGAUGUUCUCGUCUCUUAUCGUCAUCAGCAAAAUUAUACAAUUUUAAGCGAAGCAGAUAUUCGUCGGCGUCAAGAGGAUGACAUUAUGAGGAUAUCCACUGUGCUUUCUAUUUCAAAUGUUGAGGCCAGCAUCUUGCUGCGCUACUAUAAUUGGAGUGUGAGUAAAGUAAAUGAUGAAUGGUUUGGUGAUGAGGAGAAGGUACGCAAGGCUGUUGGCUUAUUGGAGAAGCCUGUAGUUAAAUUUCCAGAUGGGAAUGAAACAAAAUGGUGCCCUGCACCAGGUUGUGAUUAUGCUGUGGAUUUUGUUGUGGGUAGUGGAAGCUACGAUGUUACUUGUCGCUGCUCAUACAGCUUUUGCUGGAAUUGCACUGAGGAAGCUCAUCGACCUGUUGACUGUGGCACUGUGGCCAAGUGGAUAUUGAAAAACAGUGCAGAAUCUGAAAAUAUGAAUUGAGAUACAUGCAGGCUUUGCCUCGGUGCAUGGUCAGAACAUGGUGAGAGAACUGGUGGUUUUUAUGCUUGCAACCGUUAUGAGACAGCAAAGCAAGAGGGAGUGUAUGAUGAGGCUGAAAAACGAAGAGAGAUGGCUAAGAACUCGUUAGAGAGAUAUACACAUUAUUAUGAACGGUGGGCAACUAACCAAUCGUCUAGGCAAAAGGCAUUGACAGAUCUACAACAAAUGCAAACUGUGAAUCUAGAGAAGCUGAGCGACAUACAAUGCCAACCUGAGUCACAGUUAAAGUUCAUCACUGAAGCUUGGCUACAAAUAGUUGAAUGUAGGAGAGUUCUAAAAUGGACAUAUGCCUAUGGAUACUAUUUACCAGAGUAUGAACAUGCAAAGAGACAGUUUUUUGAAUACUUGCAAGGUGAAGCUGAGUCUGGCUUGGAACGACUUCAUCAAUGUGCAGAGAAGGAGCUACAAGUUUACCUCAGUGCAGAUGGCCCAUCAAAAGAUUUCAAUGAGUUCCGCACUAAACUUGCUGGGCUAACAAGUGUGACCCGAAACUACUUUGAGAAUUUGGUUCGAGCUCUUGAGAAUGGGCUGUCAGAUGUGGACUCUCAAGGUAACUGUAGCCGGACAGGGACCUCCAAGAGCAUGGGAGGUGGAAGCAGUAGUAAGGGAAGAGGUGGUAAGGGAAAAGGUUCAACAUCCAGAUCCAGUGGCACCAGAGGAAAUAAUAUUGAUGAUUCAACCCAUUGGUCCUGUGAAUACUGCACCUUUGCCAAUUUCAAGUCAGCCACUGUUUGUCAGAUGUGCCAGCAACGUCGGUAGAUCUCACCUCAUAUGCAACUUUAUCCGCCAGGAUGGGAACUUGGGAUUUUGUCAACUUUGCCUCCUUUGAUGUCUAGUUGUGAUGGCAUAAUCCAGAAAAAAAUGGAUCUUAACAUUUCCAUCAAAACCCAACUUGCAAUGGUAAAGAGAGUGGGAUUUGGGACGUGAGUGUGGUGAAGGGGGAAGAGAGUCCACUAAGUUUGCACUGUUGCAAUUUGAGAUUGUAUACAUUUCCUUUUGUUCAACCCCCCGACUUGUAUCUGGUACCACGACCCUUGCUGAUGUAUUAAUGUAAUGUGUAAUCUUAUGAUCAUUUAUUUAUGCUACAAAUUAUGUUUGUAGCAAAGCCUGAGUCUUUCAAGUGGGUUGUAAUGUAACAGCUAGCACGGAUUGUAGGCUGCACUGUUCCCCUAGUAAGAAUGAAAUAAGAAAACCUUU